AUGUUUAAACCAGCUUUCAUCGUCCUUGUUUUGGCUUUAGCCAACAAUGGCCUUACUGCUCCUUUCCCCCACGGGGGCGAGGACAGCUACAGCACUCCGAGCUCCGUUCCCUCCACUCCAGCCGUCACGACCCCAACUCCUCUUGGGUCAGCCGUCAGCCCUACUAACCAAACUGCUCCUGUGAGCCCGCCUCUCUCUGGCGCCAACAACUCGACUUCCCAAGCCAUUGUCCCGCCCCCAUCCCCGGACGCAUCGGUUGUCAGCCCUUCCGGAAAACCCAAACCUUCCAAGAGCGAAUACAGCACCCCAUCUGCCUCGGUCCCCAAGAUGCCUCCAUCAUCAGACGCGUCAGUCGUCAGCCCUUCCGGCAAACCCAAGCCUACGAAGAGCGAAUACAGCACCCCAUCUGACUCAGUUCCCAGCAUGCCUCCAGCUGAGGGGACGGCUGUAAGCGCUACCGACAAACCUCCGAAGAGCAGCUACAGCGACGCGUCUGCCCCACCCUCCAGUGUUGCCCCAUCUCCGGACGCGUCGGUCGUGAGCGCCACUGGCAAACCUCCCAAGAGUGACUACAGCAAGUCGUCGGGCCCAGCCCGUGAGACGCCUUCGUCACCAGCUGCAUCAGUCGUCAGCCCUACCAGCAAACCUGCUGAGAAGUACAGCCAAGCAUCAGCCCCAGUCGCUUCGUCACCUACAUCGAAAGCUCCUGGAGCAGUCACCAACACUCCGACCAACGGCACCAUUGCUUCUCCAACUUCUCAUGUCGGUGGUGCACCAGACACUCACGCUCUCGGCGGUCCCAACGGCAGUCCAGUCACUGCCUCCGCAGCUACUCCGGUCACUGGACCUUGUGUAAACGGAGCCGUCCGUCCCGGAAACGCGUGCCCUGGUACAACUGGUACAGCUUUGCCCGGCAGUGCGUACCCAGGAGCAAGGGCCGGUGGACCCAUCAUCGGUGCAGACCCAUCCGGUGUUGUCGUUGGACCAGGUAACGGCGGGGUGGCAAUCGGCGGUGUCUCUGGCCCCAUGACAGGUGGGAUCGGUGGUGCCUACUUUCCCGGAAGUUACGGUUUCAAUGCGGCCAACGCCGGUGGAUACAUCUAUGGCGGAAAUGCGUUUGGUGGCAUCGGUGCCAGCGGGGUGUCCAUCCAAGAAAGCUCAACCCACCACGAGUCCUCCGAAUACUCCAGUUCAUCCAACAACGCUGUAGGGAUGGACGGAAUGGGAUACAUGGGUAACGGAGGCUACUCCCAAUCCAAUUCCAAUGCAGCCCACUUCCGCAGCGACAGCAACUCUUACAACGCCGGAUACUACUAG